GAGACUCGAUUCAAAACAAAAUCGGGUGGCGAACGUAAACGUCGCUGUCGGACAAUUUGGCUCGCGUCUCUGUGUUUGUUGUUCGUGUCAACCACCCCCGCCGGUACCCAAGCGCCCCUCAUUUCGCGCGAGUGUUUUUAUGGUUUUGCUGAAUGAAAAGGCUCGGCAAAUGCGCUUAUUGAGUGGCCACUGUGUCGGGACUGGCAGUGAGUCCUACAGAAUGCACUCGCUGCACGGACAGUUCAUGAGAAUUUGACAUUUAAGUGCCCAGUGUGUUCCUGCUUUUGCGGCUAACUGCAGCUUGUAGUUUGCUUUACUUGCAUACUUUUUUUUGGCGUGGGCUGAUAUUAGCGGACACACCCACCCGAAAACAAAAACAAAAAGUAGUCCAAAGGCCCCAAUAAUUGAGUGUCUCUGUGUGUGUGUACGUUUGUGUGUGUGUGUGCAAGUUGUUUAUGUGUGCGAGUGAGAGGAAAGGGAUUCGAAUCGAGCCGGUUUUCGCGAGUUAAUUCACAAAGCAAACGGCGAAAAACCAGCAAACAUAAGCAAACAAAGCGGAAAAUAAACAAAGAACUUUCAGCGCAGAUAUGCGUGUUCGAAAAUCAGGAGAUAAUUAAAUAAAAAUCAUAUUAUUCCUGGGAGUGUAAAAGGAUGAACACUACAAUGCUGAAAACUCUAUAAUAUCCACAACGAUAUUCCACCCCAAAGUAAAACACCAUGGCCAAAACGCCCCCGCCCCGCCCCCUCAGUAACAUGGCCAAAUUCCUGGCAGCCCUCGGCAUCUGCUUUUGGCUCCUCCUUUCGGCCAACGCUCACAACUGCCAGCACCAGCAUCCAAAGGCCCACGAGGUCGUCCAUGGCGUGCGCAUCCAACUGGCUGAUGGCGAAGAUGACUCCGCCGGAGAGCCAGCGAGGCAUAGCGUCCGCCGACGCAGCGUGGCCGCCGAGCAGCCACUGCGAAUUCUGCUCGUCUACGACGAAUCCGUCUACAGGCUGGAAGAGGAGAAAUUUAAUUUGAUAAAUGACACCGUGCUCCCGGAAGCCGUGCAGUUCUGGGAACAGGCCCUGAUGGUGCGAGAGACCAAGGGCGUCAUCCGUCUCAAUAGGAAAUGCGACAGCACACAGGUGUAUGUGAAAAACGGACACACCCACUGCAUCGACCAUUGCAAGGCGACGACGAUGUGCGGCGAGGUUCAGGUGCCCGAUGCGCACUUGGAUGUGUGUCGGGUGUGCAAUGCCACCGGUCAGAAUUGUAGAAUCGAUAGUAAUACGCAGCCGGGCGAAGGAAUCGAGAAUGCGGACUUUGUGUUCUACGUGUCCGCCAGGCAGACGCAGCGCUGUUUCAAGGGUCUAACCGUGGCCUAUGCGGCCCACUGUCAACAGGAAGCGGCUCUGGAUCGUCCAAUUGCGGGUCAUGCGAAUCUCUGUCCGGAGAGCAUCAGCACCAAGCCGCAGGAACUGCAGACACUGAUCUCCACCGUUAAGCACGAGAUACUGCAUGCACUGGGAUUCUCCGUGAGCUUGUACGCUUUCUUCCGGGACGAUGAGGGAAAACCCCGAACUCCGCGAAAAUCAGACACUGGCAAGCCGUACCUGAAUGAAAAAUUGCAGAUCCAUCAGUGGAGCAACGAGACCAUUCGCAAGGUGGUGCGAGAGAACUGGUCUGUGCGUGGUGGCCAUGUUAACAAGGUAGUGGACAUGAUGGUCACGCCCCGCGUAAUUGCCGAGGUGCGCGCCCACUUUAACUGCAAUAAACUGGAGGGCGCCGAGCUGGAGGAUCAGGGCGGCGAAGGCACCGCCCUGACCCACUGGGAAAAGCGCAUCCUGGAGAAUGAGGCCAUGACUGGCACUCACACACAGUCGCCGGUCUUCUCGCGCAUCACCCUUGCAUUGAUGGAGGACUCCGGCUGGUAUCGGGCCAACUACUCCAUGGCAACGCCGCUGACCUGGGGCAAGGGACUGGGAUGUGCGUUUGCCAUGCGUAGUUGCAAGGACUGGAUACAGUACAACCAUGCCAGGGGUCGCUCCAUACAUCCCUUCUGCUCGAAGGUCAAGCAGGAUCCUCUGCAAACCGAGUGCACAGAUGAUCGCAACUCUGUGGCGCUUUGCAAUCUCAUCCGCCAUGAGUUUGAGCUGCCCAAAGGCUACCAGAACUUCGACAGCCUAAAUCAUGUGAAGGAUGGUGAAGAGGGGUUCUACGGCGGUUCCGUCUCGCUGGCCGAUCACUGUCCCUACAUUCAGGAGUUUACCUGGCGCAGCAAGAACGUGAUAGUGCGUGGAUCUCAUUGCCGCUUUACAGAGAAUAAUCCCAAGCCUGAGAAGAACUUCGCCUUGGAGAGCUAUGGCGAUGGAGCAAAGUGCUUCGAUCACAGCGAGUCCAUGUGGGAGGAGCGAUCCUGUCACCAGACGCGUGAGUGGCAGCAUUGGGGCAGCGGAUGCUACAAGUACGAUUGCUUCGACGGCCGACUGCACAUCCUGGUGGGCAACUAUAGCUACAAGUGCUCCUUCCCCGGCCAGAAGCUUUCCAUUCGAAUCGCCGCCAAUGGAUGGCUGCACAAGGGCGCGAUCAUGUGCCCGCCGUGCCACGAGCUGUGCGGAGCACAAUUUGCUGCUGAGGGCAAGCAGUGUCGUCCGGGCGAGGAGCCCGAUCCGCUCAACAAGUACCCGCGCGACAACCUCGCCUGUGGAGCGGGCAGUAAGCAAUCACGUUCCGUGGCCAUAAUUACCGCUGUUCUCCUGCUUUUCGGCCUGCGCUGGGGAUUUAGUUAGGCUGAUCAGGGUGCAGGGUGCAGAUUUACUUGCUCUUUAUGUAUGUAGUGAAAUUUGUACAUUUUAGCUGUAUGAUAUAAGCUCAAUUUGUCUAAAAGUAGGUCGAUAGUGUAGUACUCCCAAAACUGAGUUGGUCGGUUUCCAAGCAAGAAUUUAAGCUGAGUAUUUAAUCUUUGGACAAUUCGAAUCGAACUUGCACAAUCUUUGCCAUUUAAAUAGUCUUUGGUUAUUUCAUAAAGUAAAAGUGUUUUAAACAAUGCUCAAAUGCUGCAUGGUUAAAUUAAAUAAUUUUGUCCUUAGAUUACACCAAUCCUUUUAUACUUCUUUGCAACCGUACAAAUUGACAACUCCUACCAAACAUAUAGCUAUAAAAUCGUAAUCGUAUUUUGUCCAUCCCGAAAUGUGAUCUGUUUUAAGUGUGUCCUCGGAUAUUUACUGCAUUUUGAAAUGUUGGCCACAUAUAACGCCAAUCACUUUCAAGUGGAGCAUCCACAGACAGUUCUAUGCUUCUUGAAUAUCGAUCUGUACAUUCCAAAGCCUAUAUGGUACGGUAGCCUAGGCAGUUCCACUAGCUUGUUGUUAAAUUCUUUGUUAUUUAUUAUGAAUAUGGUUUUCGAAAUUUGUUGAUUGCCCUGUGAUUUAUGUAUUCAAUUAGUUUUGCCUAAGCUAAAUGUGUUUUUCUUCAUUUCUGCUGCCUAUCAAGCAUUUAAGAAUUGUAAACUCAACUCUCGAUUUGUAAUCUAGCUUUUAAGAACCUGAACUAGCAAUGUGAAUAAACCAAGAGACCCUU